CUCCGCGCCUGCUCAUAGUGUUCCGCGAGACUCUGCGCGGAGGAUUGUGGGGUAGCGGUGAGUGAUUGGCUUCCUCCUGGGCUGCCGCUUCGGGCUUUCCGGGAGCUUGGCCCAGUCUUCUGUGUCCGUGCUCGUUUCUGACUCUCUGACGAGUCGCCCGCGGGCCGCCGCCAGCAUGUCGGGCGUGCGAGCUGUGCGCAUCAGCAUCGAGUCGGCUUGCGAGAAGCAGGUGCAGGAGGUGGGCCUCGAUGGCACCGAGACGUACCUGCAGCCGCUGUCUAUGUCGCAGAACCUGGCGCGCCUGGCGCAGCGCAUCGACUUCAGUCAGGGCUCUGGCUCUGAAGAGGAGGAGGCGGCGGGGACUGACGGCGAUGCGCCGGACUGGGGGGGUACAGGAGCCGACCAGGACGACGAGGAGGGGUUGGUAAAAUUUCAACCUUCUCUCUGGCCUUGGGACUCAGUGAGGAACAAUUUGCGAAGUGCCCUCACAGAGAUGUGCGUUCUCUAUGAUGUCCUUAGUAUUGUCAGGGACAAAAAGUUCAUGACUCUGGAUCCCGUCUCUCAGGAUGCGCUUCCUCCCAAACAGAGUCCACAGACACUGCAGCUGAUCUCCAAAAAGAAGUCCCUUGCUGGAGCAGCUCAAAUCCUUCUGAAGGGGGCAGAAAGACUGACCAAAUCAGUGGCUGAGAACCAGGAAAACAAACUCCAGCGAGACUUCAAUUCUGAGCUCUUGAGACUGCGGCAGCACUGGAAGCUGAGGAAGGUGGGAGACAAGAUCCUGGGCGACCUGAGCUACAGAAGUGCAGGUUCUCUCUUCCCCCAUCAUGGUACCUUUGAAGUGAUAAAGAAUACAGACAUUGACUUGGAUAAGAAGAUACCAGAAGAUUACUGUCCUCUAGAUGUCCAGAUUCCUAGUGAUUUAGAAGGGUCUGCAUAUAUCAAGGUUUCUAUUCAGAAACAGGCUCCAGACAUUGGUGAUCUUGGCACAGUUAACCUUUUUAAGAGACCUUUGCCCAAGUCCAAGCCAGGUUCUCCACACUGGCAGACAAAGUUAGAAGCAGCACAAAAUGUUCUUCUUUGUAAGGAAAUUUUUGCACAGCUCUCUCGGGAAGCCGUUCAGAUUAAAUCUCAGAUUCCUCACAUUGUGGUGAAAAACCAGAUCAUCUCUCAGCCCUUUCCAAGCUUGCAGUUGUCCAUUUCUCUGUGCCACUCCUCAGAUGAUAAGAAGUCCCAGAAAUGUGCCACAGAGAAGCCUGGUCAGGAGGAUCACCUCUACGUCCUGGAGCACAACUUGCACCUGCUUAUCAGAGAGGUACCAGCUCCAGUGAGGCUCUGCAGUUUUCAUAAGCAGACCUUGAGUUCCAUCGUGAUGCCACACCCAGCGAGUGCUCCCUUUGGCCACAAGAGGAUGAGACUCUCAGGUCCUCAAGCUUUUGAUAAAAAUGAAAUUAAUUCAAUACAGUCCACAGAAGGACUCCUAGAAAAGAUAAUUAAACAAGCAAAGCAUAUUUUUCUAAGGAGCAGAACUGCUGCAACCAUUGACAGCUUGGCAAGUCGCAUUGAGGACCCGCAGAUCCAGGCCCACUGGUCCAACAUCAGUGACGUAUACGAGUCUAGUGUAAAAGUCUUAAUCACAUCUCAGGGCUAUGAACAGAUCUGCAAGUCCAUCCAGCUGCAGUUGAACAUUGGUGUUGAGCAGGUCCGUGUCGUGCACAGAGAUGGCCGGGUAAUCACGCUGUCUCAUCAGGAGCAGGAGCUACAGGACUUCCUUCUGUCUCAGAUGUCACAGCAUCAGGUACAUGCGGUUCAGCAGCUUGCCAAGGUUAUGGGCUGGCAGGUCCUCAGCUUCAGUAAUCACGUGGGACUUGGGCCCAUAGAGAGCAUUGGCAAUGCCUCUGCCAUCACAGUGGCCUCGCCAAGUGGAGACUAUGCUAUUUCAGUUCGUAAUGGACCUGAGAGUGGCAGCAAGAUUAUGGUUCAGUUUCCCCGUAACCAGUGCAAAGACCUUCCGAAAAGUGAUGUUUUACAAGACAACAAGUGGAAUCAUCUCCGAGGACCAUUCAAGGAGGUUCAGUGGAACAAGAUGGAAGGCCGAAACUUCGUUUAUAAAAUGGAGCUGCUUAUGUCUGCCCUGAGCCCCUGUCUGCUGUGAUUUUCUCCAGAACAAGUUCCAGAAAUACUGACUUGCAUGCUUGCAGGUCAGUUAUAAGCACAAGGGAGAGAUGUCUUCCAUAUAAGUACUGAGUGAGCGCAGACUCAUAUGCACUAGUGCUCCAGUCUUUUACGGGAGCCCUGUUUAAAAGUUACGUGUUUACCUUGCAGCUUGAAUUCUCUCACUUUAUAAGUGACGAGUACUUUGGAAUGGAAAAAUGUAUGUACAGUUAUAGUAUGCAGUAUGGGGAGAUGUAAAAUAGUACAUUUUUUAUACAGCUAACCUGAAAAUAUUACUAACUUAAGGGCUUGAAUUUGCUUCUUUUUUUAAAAAAAAAAAAAAUUCCUUCUUUAAUUUUAACAUAAACUUUGUGUUAAAAAAAUCUCCCAAGUAUUUUGUGAAUUUCUCAUAACCCAUAUGAGCUGUGUCUCAAAUCAGCCGCUUCUGCUGUUUCUUUAAAAAUCACCUAAGACUGUCUUAUCUUACAACACAGAUUCCCUGACCACACCAGGCCCUGUCCCUGAAGUUCACCAAGCUCACUCAGUAGUCUUCGCUGUCAAUGGGGGCUCUUGGGGUGUUUGGGACAUGAAGUACCUUUGUAGCCAUCUUCUUCCUCACCUGGGUCUAUAUGAACAGGUUAAGAACUUCCUCAAAAAGCAGAGGAAACCAAAAAAUGUACCAUAAUACAGUUGCUCUGUUUUCCCUGUUAGUGGUCACUGUAUAGAAACUCCCAUAGAGCUGACUGCAUUCCACUUGAAAUUUGGUAAGUUGAGAUAUAAAGGAGAUGUGCUAAGUGUGCCUGUAAUCCUAGGACUAAGGAGUUGAAGACAGGAAAAUCCAAAGUUCAAGUUCAGCCUGAUCUGCAUGAGUUCCAGGCCAUCGGGGCUAUGUAGCGAAAACCUUGCCUCAAAGUUAAAAAAAGAAGAAAAGGGGUUUUAGUAAACAAAAUGUAUUUAUGCUAUGGGUUAUGGUUUGCAAGGGGGAAAGUAAAAUUUAAUAGGGACAGACAUGAAGUGAGGGAAUGCCAAGACACAUCAGGAAAAGCAGACAGGUCAUGUAUAUAAUGGAGUCCACGGGCUGGGAUGUAGCCCAGCGAGAGAAUGCUUGCCUAGCAUGCGUGAGUGCCCAGAUUCAAGCUCCAGAAUUACAAAGAGAAAAGGGGCGGGUAGAUAUGAUUGUUGGAAUGUGUACUGUAACGCAUAGACAUGUUUGUGUAUAUGUGUGUUUAGAAAAAUACUAUGACCUCUGAGAAGUGAGGUUGAGGGGAGGGCACUUUCACUGCUUUAGGGACUUAUGUAUCUUGACUUUUCGAGAAGCAUUAUCUUUGCAAUUAGAGAGUCCUGAAAGGCAAGAAUAAAUCAUGGCUCCAGCUGUCCUUAAGGAUUGGCAGCUGAGAUGGUGGUCACAUGCAGAAUGACAUAUAUUGACAAUUCUGAGUGGAACUUGAUGUAGUUGUGGUAACAGCAGUUUCUCAGUUGACUCUAGAGGUGUCAGGAAACAGUGUAAUAAGCCAAUUCUGGUACAUGACAGCUGGAGGAAAGAGCCUUCACUGCCCUGCUACUAAUCAAGGCAGCUACAUCUGAGACAUGUUCCCGAAGGUCACCUCCGAAGGUCACCUGUGCUACUUUGAGUGUAAUUGGCACCCAUAGAUGCAUAGGGAGUAGCACUGUUAGGAGGUGUGGCCUUGCUGGAGGAAGUGAGUCAUUGUGGGGGUGGGCUUUGAGGUCUCAUAUGCUCAAGGUACACCCUAUGUGGUACACAGUUUCUCUCUGCUGCCUGUGGAUCAAGAUGUAGAGCUCUUAGCUUCAGGUCACAUGAUGAUAAUGGACUAAACCUCUGAAACUGUAAGCCAGCCCAUUAAGUAUUUUGCUUUGUAGGAGUUUCUGUGGUCUUAGUGUCUCUUCACAGCAAUAAAACCCUAAGACACCACCCCA